AUGGGGCACCUGGUCACUCUUGCAACAUGCUCUCUAAACCAAUGGGCCCUUGACUUUGAGGGCAAUGCGGCCCGCAUUAUCGAGAGUAUUCGGCAGGCAAAGGCGGCGGGUGCGACUCUACGAGUUGGUCCGGAGCUUGAGAUCACCGGGUACGGCGUGUUAGAUGGAUUCCUUGAAGGAGACACCUUCCUGCACUCAUGGGAGAUGCUAGCUCGUAUUAUCGACCACCCAGACUGUCAGGAUAUUGUGGUGGAUGUGGGUAUGCCUGUGCGCCACCGCAAUGUGCGCUACAACUGCCGUGUCAUCUUCUACAACCGAAAGAUUAUCCUGAUCCGACCUAAGAUGUGGCUCGCCAACGAUGGAAACUACAGAGAGCACAGGCACUUCAUUCCGUGGCAGCGUCCCCAAGAGGUUGAGGACUACUAUCUAGAGCAGAUUGUGGGAAAGAUUACCGGUCAAUACAAGGUCCCGUUCGGUGAUGCCGUCAUCAGCACGCGAGACACAUGUCUUGGCUUGGAGACUUGCGAGGAACUGUUCACUCCUAAUGGACCUCACAUUCCCUAUGGACUUGCUGGUGUGGAGAUCAUUUCCAACUCUUCCGGCAGUCACCAUGAACUGAAGAAGCUUGACACCCGCGUUAACCUGAUUACACAGGCUACGAAAUUGAGCGGUGGUAUCUACCUGUACGCCAACCAACAAGGCUGUGACGGCGAUCGCUUAUACUACGAUGGCUGUGCGAUGAUCGUGGUCAAUGGCGAUGUUGUAGCUCAAGGAUCUCAAUUCUCGUUAAACGACGUGGAAGUUGUCACUGCUACCGUUGACAUCGAAGAGGUCCGAACCUACCGCUCAACCGUAAGCCGCGGAAUGCAAGCAAGCAAACAGUCACCGUUCGUUCGCCUCGAUAUCGAUGUCCGGCUUUCCCGCCGCAUGGAAGAUGCGGAUCCUGGCCUCGUCAUCUCCGCCCCAUUCAAGCCACAUUUCCAUGUACCAGAAGAGGAAAUCGCCCUGGGCCCGGCUUGUUGGCUUUGGGAUUACUUGCGCCGAUGUGGUGCCGCGGGAUUCUUUAUCCCUCUCAGUGGUGGCAUCGACAGCUGUGCAACGUCGGUGAUUGUUCAUUCAAUGUGUCGGGAGGUUCUGAAAGCAGUUAGAGAGGGUAAUGAGCAGGUCAUCAAGGAUGUCCGUCGCCUCUGUGCCCAGCCCGCUGAUUCAGAAUGGCUACCGACUACCAGCCAGGAGGUCUGCCGCGCCAUUUUCCACACCAGUUACAUGGGCACGCAGAACUCUGGCCAGGAAACAAGAGACCGAGCUAAGCGACUAGCUGCGGAUAUUGGCGCCUACCACAUUGACUUUAACUUUGAUACUGUUGUCACUGCGCUGAUGGCGCUUUUCACCACAGUCACCAACUUCCAGCCACGGUUCAAGGUCCACGGAGGUAGUCACGCCGAAAAUGCAGCUUUGCAGAAUGUCCAGGCUCGGUUGAGAAUGGUUCUUUCUUACUUGUUCGCUUCCUUGUUGCCGACUGUCCGUCAGCGACCAGGUGGUGGUGGUCUCUUGGUUCUUGCAUCAUCCAAUGUGGAUGAGUGCUUGCGUGGCUACUUGACCAAAUACGACGCCAGUUCAGCUGAUCUCAAUCCCAUUGGAUCUAUUAGCAAGGGUGACCUUAAGAAAUUCAUCGGGUGGGCAGGUGUCAACUUUGACCUUCCGAUUCUUGAAGAGUUCCUCCACGCGACGCCUACAGCUGAACUGGAGCCUCGGACAGCAACAUACAUCCAAUACGAUGAAGCCGAUAUGGGUGUGACUUAUGCUGAACUUGGAACUUUCGGCUACCUUCGCAAGGUUUCUAAAUUAGGACCUUGGUCAAUGUAUGAGAAGCUAUUGCACCUGUGGGGCAAUGAAUACAGUCCGCGCGAAAUCUACGAGAAAACACGUCAUUUCUUCUACAAUUACUCAAUUAAUCGGCACAAGAUGACUGUCUUGACACCUAGCUACCACGCGGAGCAGUACUCUCCCGAUGACAAUCGCCAUGAUCUUCGUCAAUUCCUGUAUCCUUCAUUCACAUGGGCCUACAAGAAGAUGGAAGAGAGUGUCAAGUUCUGGGAAUCCAGGGGUUGGACCACCGGAAAGACAGCAAAGAAGAAUGUCAAGGCGGACUGA